UUGUCAUAUAGUUGGAGAAGCCAGCCUAUAAAAGCAAAUCACAAAUAUAAAUUGUUCCCAAGCAAUCAAACCUUGGUGACAGUAAACAUACAUACAAUUAAGGAAAAAAGUAUGGGAUCCCUUGAAACUCCAACCAAGCUUCUUGUGGUAGACUUCAACAAUGAAAACUUGAAACCUGGCUCAACUUCAUGGGCUGAUGCAUGCAAGGACAUUAGGACAGCCCUUGAAGAUCAUGGCUGUUUCAUUGCCCUCUAUGAUAAAGUCUCCCCCCAACUUCACAACUCAAUAUUCCACGCAUCCCAACAAUUGUUUGAUCUCCCUUUUGACAAAAAAAUCCUUAACACCAACGAAAAACCCUACCAUGGAUAUGUCGGCCAGAUCCCUUUUAUACCCUAUCAUGAAGCCUUUGGGAUCGACCAUGCAACCACCAUGGAAGGUGUCCAGAGCUUUUCCAAUCUCAUGUGGUCCGCCGGAAAUCACUCUUUCAGUGAAAGUUCGCACUCGUUUUCCAAGAUUGUAGCGGAGUUAGAGGAGAAGGUGUUGCGGAUGUUAUUCGAGAGCUAUGGUGUGGAGAAACACUACGAUUCGUACGUUGAAUCGACGGAUUAUCUUCUUCGAUACAUGAAAUACGAAGUCCCAGAAUCGGAUGAAAACAAGGUUGUUUUUCCUUGUCAUACCGACAAAACUUUCAUGACAGUCCUUUAUCAGCUGAAUCAAGUUUCAGGGUUGGAAGUAGAAGCAAGAAAUGGUGAAUGGAUUUCUGCCCACUUUCCUCCCUCUUCCUUCAUCGUCAUGGCCGGCGAAGCAAUCAAGGGGUGGAGCAAUAGCAGAGUGUUGGCACCCAUUCACAAGGUGACAUUGGACGCCAGUGGGAAGGAAAAAAGAUACAGUGUGGGAAUAUUCACUUUCUUGAACAACAGCAAGACGAUAGAGGUUCCAGAAGAGCUAGUGGAUGAUGAACAUCCAUUGCAGUUUAAGCCUUUCCUGCAUCUUGACAUGCUCAAAUUCUUUAACUCAGACAAGGGCAGGAGAUCCCACAAUUUACUCAAGGAUUUCUGUGGCGUUUAAUUUUAAUAUAAUAUAAUAAUUUACCAUUUUAUAUUAUAUAUGUAUGUAUUGUAUGGGCAUGCUAAGUAUGGGUAGCGGUUGCGAUUGUGAGCUUUCUCCCAAAAUCAAAGUAUGUAUUGCUGUAUAUGAUGUUAUGUUAUGUGUAGCUUAUAUAUAUAUAUAUUACCUAUCUAGCUGUUUGUCUCCAAUAAGGUAGUUGGGUCUGCAGUUAGUUGUUUGGCCCUAGCUACUUAUUAUGAGUAUGAUAUGAAAUGUGAGUUUCAUUCAGGUAAAGGGAAAUCGCACUUUUGGUCCCUCAAUUAGUACCACUUCUGCAAUGUUGUUCUUAUCUUUCAAUUUGUACACUUUUGA